AUGGCAUUGACUAUCAAGAUAGGGACCCUAAACGAUAGCGAUCAAGGUGCGGUGCAAGAGGGCACGAAAAAUGGCUUUAGUUCUCGAGAAGUAACUCCCACCGAGGAAGAGGUUUGUGAUGACGUAGUUCUAUUGUGGAAGGAAGAGCCUGGGACAGAAGAUGCUACGAUUCAGCACCUUUAUGACAGGAUUGAAGAGAGAAAUCAAACGUGGAAACUAAGCACUUCUCGUUUCCGGAAAAUUUUGAACCAGCAUCAUCUUUACGACACUGACCUGGAGACAGUGUCGCUAUAUAAGGGCAAUAUUCAUUUUCCUGAAACCCUAGAUGCUAAUGCCAAAGUUAGAAUACAAUUUAUUGAUAGCGAGCAAGGAAGGGGCCUUUUCGCCGAGAAGGAUUUUUCCAAGGGCCAAAUCAUCAUAAAAGAAAAUAAACCUAUUGUGUAUGUCCCACCAUUGGAUAAGCUUUUUUUCAUUUCUAAUGGGAAGGCAUGUGCUCGAUGCGGUAAAGCGCUGUAUGAUUUGACACAGCACAAAAUUAUGGUUCAUUAUUUGGAUUGUGAAGUCUGCAAGGCAAUUUGGUGCAGUGAAAAAUGCAAAAAAGCACACGCAUCUUUGCAUGAGCUGUUAUACCAUUCAUGGAGAUCAAAUAGAAUUGAUAUCCUUCAUGCUGGUAAUUGGAAAAGAUUUGUCAACUACUGUGAAAAGUACUGUUUCACUGCUGCCUUCUCCAUUGGCCUUAUAUAUGGAUCCAUGCUUUUAGAUACCACAGGCGAAGUCAAAGAGCGAUGGGAUCAGUUAGCAAGUGUUUCACAAAGGGUAAGAAUAAAAUUAAGAGACGCUAGUGGUAUUGGUAGUACGUUUAAUUUAAUGAAUGGUACGACUGUACAUACGGAAGACGGAUCCAAUAAUGGCACUGAAAAUGGCAUUGAGAAGAAUAUUGAUGACGAGAUUGUUUGGAAGAAGUGUUAUGAGUUAUUUUGUGGAGCGUUUCCAAAAGCUUCUGAAGAAAUAGACUUGGAAAAGUUCUUAACCAUGAUCGGAACGUUCAAUAUCAAUCAAUAUAAUGGGCAAAUAUACCGUUGGAUCUCUUUUAUAAACCAUGAUUGUGAACCGAAUGCUUAUAUCGAGCAGGUAGAGGAGCAUGAGGAAUUGAAGUUACAUGCAAGAAAGCCAAUAAAAAAAGGUGACCAAAUACGUAUUACGUACGUUAAUCCUUUACAUGGCGUAAGGUUGAGACGUAGAGAACUGAGAGUUAACUGGGGGUUUCUAUGUCAGUGCGACCGCUGUCAAAAUGAGCUGUCUACUUUCGAAAGAAUUCCAAAUUUGGAAAAACAGAGUGCAGAUACUAAUUUAGCCGUGCAGGAAGUUGAUUCUAACGACAGCGGUGAAGGCGGCACUAAGAAAUCGUCAGGUAACCGAAAAUCUUCUAUGAGAGGGGCUCAACCAGACUUAAAGGAAAUACUAAAAAACGGAAAAGAAUUUGAAUUGGACAUACCAGAAACAGUUGAUACUCAAGGUAAUGUAAGAAAAACCUCAGUUAGGUUUGACUCAAACGUUUCAGUUGCAGUGGACGAAAGAUGA